GGAGCCUGUGUGCGCGUGCGCAGGGGCGGGCCGCGCUGACGGGGGAGGUGGCGAGGCGGUCGCUUCGAGCGUGUUAGUUCGCUCCCCGAAGAGAGUGAGGGCGGUUGGCGUCCGGCGGUGUCUCGUGCGUUCGCUGGGAGAUGUCAUUUGCUUCUUGGAUGUAAUGCACUUUGUGUUUAUUAUUCAACAGUGAAAAUGAGUCAUACGGAGGUUAAAUUAAAAAUACCUUUUGGAAAUAAAUUACUGGAUGCCGUUUGUUUGGUACCUAACAAGAACAUAGCAUAUGGAAUAAUUCUUACACAUGGAGCAUCAGGAGAUAUGAAUCUUCCUCAUUUGAUGUCACUGGCAUCCCAUCUUGCAUCUCAUGGGUUUUUUUGCCUAAGAUUUACUUGCAAAGGCCUUAAUAUUGUACAUAGAAUUAAGGCAUAUAAAGCAGUUUUGAAUUACCUAAAGACCUCAGGAGAAUACAAACUUGCUGGUGUUUUUCUUGGAGGUCGUUCGAUGGGAUCAAGAGCAGCUGCUUCUGUAAUGUGUCACACUGAGCUAGAUGACACUGAUGAUUUUGUUCGAGGUCUCAUUUGUAUUUCUUACCCACUGCACCAUCCAAAGCAGCAGCAGAAACUCAGGGACGAAGAUCUCUUUCGUAUAAAGGAUCCUGUACUGUUUGUGUCAGGUUCAGCAGAUGAAAUGUGUGAAAAGAACUUGUUGGAGAAGGUGGCCCAGAAGAUGCGAGCUCCCAGUAAAAUCCACUGGAUUGAGAAGGCAAAUCAUUCCAUGGCAGUGAAAGGACGGUCGACAAAUGAUGUCUUCAAAGAAAUAAAUACACAGAUCUUGUUUUGGAUCCAAGAAAUCACUGAAAUGGACAAGAAAUAAUUGUCACUAAAAGCCAUGUUAUUUUGAAUAAAAGUAUGGUUAAUUUGAUAAAGAACAGUAUACCUCUCAGCAUUGUGAGAUAUAUUUCAGACUAAUGUUCUUUAAUGUUGCCCUAUUUUUGAAACAUGGUAUUGUGGAAAUAUCCUUUACAAGAUGUCUUUUGAAAGCACUGUUAUAGUUAUAUGAAGAUAAUGUACAAAUAUUGAAGGUUGUUUAUAAUUUAUUUUCAUUAGUAUAGUUAAGUUUUGAAAAAUUAAACAUUUGCAUUUUGUUAAAA